AUGGCAGUGAUUGGCUCGACGAUCCUCUAUGGUGAUUUUAGGGAUUUGGGGUCGGCCCAAGUCGGAAACUUUGUCUUUGCCUGUGGAUUCAUUUUCACUGGAGUAUACAUGUUGACCAGAGAAGGGGGGCCGUCCAGGGAAAAUGAGGAGACGGCUGACGAGCCACGGAAGCUGCGAUCGAGGUGUCGGAAUAGCACGCUGACGCCGGUUCCAGAAGAGUCGAUCGACUCGUCCAGCCUCACCGACGUGGUCAUCCAGCCCGCGGAUCCUAGUCAAUCGUUUGCCGUCGGCAUUCAAGACCCUUCCUCGCAUGCUGACACUCUGGCCACCAAGCUCGCCAGUCCCACCUCCUGGAACUCCCUCCAGUUCUCAUUCAGCCCUCCCGCUCGACGCGCUCUUCGACGCCAACGCUCCCAGCCAAUCCUCUUCCCUAGAGCCUUCGGCACCCCCGGUUAUUAUCUCAUCGCUAGCUCGACCUCGAGAUCCCAUGGAACCUCGCAUGGGUUCCCCGGAUGA